AUGAAGUCUCUGUUCCUGCUUUUUGCCGUUCUUCUGGCUCUCGAACCAGUGGUAUCAGGCAGACAUUACAUGCUCCGAUGCAUGGGUAACAUGGGGACCUGCAGGACUUCUUGCAGAAAGGCUGAACACCCCUACCUCUAUUGCAGAAAUUAUCAACCGUGCUGCCUCCCAUCCUACAUGAGGAUAAACCUUUUUAAAAGGGAGAACAAAAGUGACCGGAACCAUGAGAAACGCUGA